AUGAUGGCUCGCCGCAAAGCUUCGUCGCCUCCAUCGGGAGAAUCCGCCCCACGACGCCGUCGCCUUCUCCGUGGAGUUCGUCCUCGUUCAUCCUCUGAAGACGAUGUCGUUUUCACACCUGCGCCCCGCUCGGUUUCGCCGGAAUGGGAGGGAUUUCCAUCCUCUCCUGCUUCGGCGGAGCCGGACGGAGUCGAAUCGCCCUCUCCGGACGUGUCUGUUUCAUCGCCCCCUUUGUCUCCAUCGGCGGCUUCGGUCGUCCAGGUGCAGACUACCCCUGCGCCGGUCCAUGUUGAUACGAAUGGUUUGCCUUUGGCCCAGGGGGGUAGUCCUGGUGCCACCGUUGCCUUGUUCGUUUGGAGCGAGAUGCUGCGUCAGCGUGUGUUUUCUUGCCAGGUCGUUUAA